AUGGACGACCAAAAGGGCUUCGCAGAUCUCGAUCUGUCCGAGGAGCCCUCCCAGUCCGCUCCCCACCACGACGCCCACAAAGCCCGCCGUCUGCGCUGGGCCUCCGUCCGCCACCCCAACGGCCGUCCGAAGCGCUACUCCACGCGUCUCAAGCGUCUCUCCCUCCACCGCGGCCACUCCACCGCCCACGCCAACGGCCUCGCCCGCCAGCUCACCCAGAUCGCCGCGAACGAGGGCGAGAACAAGGGCGACGACGCCGGCGUGGCCGCCAAAGACCUCCCGCACCGGCGCGUCUACGUCAACCGCCCGCUGCCGCCCGCAGAGCUCGACGAGGAGGGCAUCCCCCUCGCCCAGUUCCCGCGCAACAAGACCCGCUCCGCAAAGUACACCCCGCUCUCCUUCGUCCCCAAAAACCUCUUCCUGCAGUUCCACAACAUCGCAAACGUCUACUUCCUCUUCAUCGUCAUCCUCUCCAUCUUCUCCAUCUUCGGCGCCUCCAACCCCGGCCUCGGCGCUGUCCCCAUCAUCGUCAUCGUCACCAUCACCGCCAUCAAAGACGCCAUCGAGGACUACCGCAGAACCGUCCUCGACCUCGAGCUCAACAACUCCCCCACCCAGAUCCUCUCCCACUGGACCAACCCAAACGUCUCCGACGACGACGUCUCCGCCUGGCGCCGCUUCAAAAAGGCCUCCACCCGCGUCUCCCUCAACAUCCUCCACGUCCUCAAGCGCAGCUUCCGCUCCCGCAAGAGCCGCGCAAAGUACGACGCCCAGCGCCGCGCCCGCGAGGACGCCAUGCGCGACGACGACGACAACUUCUCCGACGCCGACAUGAGCCGCGCUUCCGCUGACCUCCGCCGUACCGUCGUCGGCGAGUCCUUCCAGAUGCACGAAAUCUCCAGACCCUCUGGCGACUACGCUGCUCCUGCCAACCCCUUCGCAGACUCCUCCGAGAACGACCCCUACCGCUCGCCCUCCAUCGACCUCGCUCAUGGUUCCGUCUUCGACCCCUCGCUCGUCGCCCCCGGCACCGCCCGCUUCAAGCGCUCCUUCUGGAAAGCCGUCCGCGUCGGCGACAUCAUCCGCAUUCGCAACGACGACGAGAUCCCCGCUGAUGUCAUCGUCCUCUCCACCUCCGACGCUGACGGCGCCUGCUACGUCGAGACAAAAAACUUGGACGGCGAGACAAACCUCAAAGUCCGCCAGGCCGUACGUUGCGGUCAUGGCAUCAAGCGCUCCAAAGACUGCGAAAAGAUCUCCUUCCUGAUCGAGUCUGAGGCUCCUCAUCCAAACCUCUACUCCUACUCUGGUGUCCUGCGCUGGUCCCAGCUCACAAACAAGCACGAUCCAAACUCGCCCCGUCAGGAGAUGGCUGAGCCUCUCACCAUCAACAACAUGCUCCUCCGUGGUUGCACCCUCAGAAAUACUGACUGGGUCAUCGGUGUCGUCAUGUUCACCGGUGUCGAGACAAAAAUCAUGCUCAACUCGGGCGAGACUCCUUCAAAGCGUUCGCGCCUCACCCGCGAGCUCAACUGGAAUGUCCUCUUCAACUUCCUCCUCCUCUUUGUCAUCUGUUUCGUCUCAGGUGUCAUCGAGGGAGUGCGAUGGUCAAAAGACAGCAACACAAUCGAGUGGUUCGAGUUUGGCUCGAUCGGUGGCUCGGCCGCCGUCGACGGUCUCGUCACCUUCUGGACCUGUAUCAUUCUCUUCCAGUCCCUCGUGCCCAUCUCGCUCUACAUCUCUAUCGAAAUCAUCAAGACCAUCCAGGCCUUCUUCAUCUACUCUGAUACCUACAUGUACUACGAGCCCAUCGACUACCCCUGCACUCCAAAGUCCUGGAACAUCUCGGACGAUCUCGGCCAGAUCGAGUACGUCUUCUCAGACAAGACCGGUACUCUCACCCAGAACGUCAUGGAGCUCAAAAAGGUCACUGUCAACGGCGUCGCCUACGGUGAAGCCUACACCGAAGCCAUGGCCGGUAUCCAGAAGCGACAAGGCAUGGAUGUCGAAGUUGAAGGCGCAAAGGCCAUGCGCAGGAUCGCCCUCGCGCGCGAGGAGAUGCUCAAGGAGAUGAAGUCAAUCAACGAAAACGUCUACCUCAACCCCGACAACCUGACCUUCGUCUCCCCGCAGUACAUCCACGACCUCAAGGGCGAGAGCGGCGACGAGCAGGCUGAUGCAGUUGAUUACUUCAUGAUGGCCCUCGCGCUCUGCCACUCUGUCCUCGCCGAGCGUGUCAGUGAAGAUCCCCCGGUCAUUGAGUUCAAGGCCCAGUCUCCCGAUGAGGCUGCCCUCGUCGCCACCGCGCGCGACGUCGGCUACGCCUUCAUCGACCGCACCCAGCGCGGCGUCGUGCUCAACGUGCAGGGCGAGGUCAAGGAGUACCCUAUCCUCACCACGCUCGAGUUCAACUCCACCCGUAAGCGUAUGAGUGCGAUCGUGCGCAUGCCAGACACGAACCAGAUCGUGCUGUUCUGCAAGGGUGCCGACUCGGUCAUCUACUCGCGUCUGCGCGCCGGCGGUCAGGAAGAGCUCAAGGAGGCUACCGCCGAGGACCUCGAGAUCUUUGCCAACGAGGGUCUGCGCACGCUCUGCAUCGCGCACCGAAUCCUCACCGAAGAAGAGUACAAGCUGUGGAGUGCCGAGUACGACGAGGCUGCCGCUGCUCUUACCGACCGAGAGGAGAAGAUGGAGAUCGCCGCCGACCGCAUCGAGCGAAAUCUCAUCCUGCUCGGUGGUACCGCCAUCGAGGAUCGUCUGCAGGACGGUGUUCCUGACGCGAUCUCGCUGCUCGCAGAGGCCGGUGUUAAGCUGUGGGUGUUGACCGGUGACAAGGUCGAGACCGCAAUCAACAUUGGUUUUUCUUGCAACAUCCUCGGCACCGACAUGAACCUCAUGGUCUUUCAGAUUUCUGCCGACGGUGGUCUCGAGGAAGCAGACCAGAAACUACGCGAGUUUUCAGAAAAGGAGUUUGGUCUCAAGGGCACGCUCGAGGAGCUCGAGUUUGCAAAGGGCGACCACGCGCCUCCGCCGCCGACGCACGCGCUCGUUAUCGACGGUGAGGCGCUCAAGCUUGUGCUUGACGAGAGUCUAAAGAUGCGCUUCUUGCUGCUCUGCAAGCGGUGCAAGGCCGUCAUGUGCUGCCGUGUGUCGCCGGCGCAGAAGGCCGCCGUCGUGAAGAUGGUCAAGGUCGGACUUGACGUUAUGACGCUCGCGAUCGGUGACGGAGCUAACGACGUUGCUAUGAUUCAAGCUGCUGAUGUUGGUGUCGGUAUUGCCGGUGAAGAAGGUCGACAGGCCGUCAUGUCUUCGGACUAUGCGAUUGGCCAGUUCAGAUUCCUGAGCAGACUGUUGCUCGUCCAUGGACGAUGGUCGUACCGAAGACUGGCGGAGAUGAUUGCAAACUUCUUUUACAAGAACGUGAUCUUCACGUUUGCGCUGUUUUGGUACCAGAUCUACAACGACUUUGACGGCUCGUAUCUGUUUGACUACACCUACAUCAUGCUCUACAACUUGGCGUUCACCUCGCUGCCGGUUAUCUUGAUGGGUAUUCUCGACCAAGACGUCAAUGACAAGGUCUCGCUCGCGGUCCCGCAGCUGUACCAGCGCGGUAUCCUUCGACUUGAGUGGACGCAGAAGAAGUUCUGGAGAUAUAUGUUUGACGGCAUGUACCAGUCCGUGCUCUGCUUCUAUCUCGCCUAUUUCCUCUACCACACGGGCGGAUUCCAGACCUCGAACGGACUCGGCAUCAACCAGCGCGAGUCGAUGGGUGUUUUCGUUGCCACGGCUUGUAUCAUUGUCGCGAACUUGUACGUGUUUUCGAACCAGUACCGAUGGGAUUGGAUCUUCUGCCUCAUCGUCUUGAUCUCCAUCCUGUUGAUCUUUGCCUGGACCGGAAUCUACACGUGCUUCACCUACUCGGCCGCCUUCUUCGGUGCCGCGAACCAAGUCUACGGCAGCCUCAUCUUCUGGGCGACCGUGCUGCUCUCGUCGGUCGCAUGUCUGCUGCCGCACAUCAUUGCAAAGUCCGCGCAGAAAAUGUACUACCCGCUCGACAUCGACCUCGUGCGCGAGCAAAUCAGUCUCGGCCACUUCGACUACCUGAACGACAUCGACCCGGACAAAGUAGCCACGCUGGCCGCCCACGGCGCCACGAAGGAGAAGAAAGCGAACGGCAAGAAAGUCGAAGAUAGUGAUCUCGAAGACGUAUAUAUCGGCGCGUCCACAGGAAGCUCGGGAAGCACGGGUAGCGACAGUAUGGCGAAGGAAGCGAUUAUUGGUGACGGAACAAAUGGCAAGCAACCUUGA